AUACGCCGCAGUGCUGUGUAAAGCGCCGACCAAAACGCACGGGCAUAGCUUAACCUUAGUUUAGUUAACCAGAGUUCGUGCCAACCACUGUUGCGUCCGAAAUAUCGAGAAUACGCCGCCAAAAUGAGUUAUUUAGAGAAAGUCGACCGAUAUUUGGACUCCCUGAAAGUGGGAAAGAGUGCCUUGGUAGAUUCCUGGUUCAUGAUGUCGAGCCCCAUGCCGUUGUUCUCAGUGGUGGUGGCCUACUUGAUACUCAUACGUAUUGGCCCCAGAAUUAUGAAGAACAGGCAACCUCUUCAGAUGAACAGGCUGAUUGCCUACUACAACGCUUCCCAAGUGCUUCUAGCCUUUGUGAUUUGUUUUAAGGUUUUCAAACUAAAUCUCUUCAGGGAUGGCAUUAUUUAUGCGGGUUGCCGCUAUCCUUCCAAUACACAAAAUGUUAUGCUACUAGAUUUGGGUUGGUGGUAUUUCUUUGCCAAGUUUACUGAGCUGCUCGAUACAGUGUUCUUUGUUCUACGGAAGAAAGACAGUCAGGUGACCUUCCUCCACGUUUACCAUCACGUGAUCAUGGCUCUCUACUCCUGGAGCUAUCUGAAGUUUGCAGCUGGUGGUGAGGGUGCAGUCCUAGCCCUACUCAACUCCAUCGUACACGUCGUGAUGUAUUCUUACUAUCUUCUGUCUGGAUUGGGACCUCGGUUCCAGAAGUAUCUGUGGUGGAAGAAAUAUGUUACUAAGCUACAAUUGAUCCAGUUCAUCUUGAUGCUGACGUACUGCGCCUGGACGCAUUUCUCUCCGCGCUGUCAGUACGCAUCCGGCUUCACGUACUUCAUCUGCACCAACAUAACCAUCUUCCUCUUUCUAUUCCUCAAUUUCUACAGCAAGAGCUACAAAAAGAGAAACCUUGACAAGAAAAACGUUGAGAAGGAACUCAAGGAAGAAUACAACAAAACUCAUAGUAAUACCACGACGAAUGGAGUUUGCAAAAAUGGAGUCAAUAACAAAAAAGAGAACGGAGUACAUGGGAACGAUUGCAAGAGUGUUCCCAAUAUAGAUGAAAUCCCUUGCGAAGUGAACAAGGCUUGUGGUGAUUACGUUAAAGAUGGCAAAUUCUUCCUCUCAAGGCGGACGGCAAAAGCAGCGUAUGGCGCCGAAUACGACUUCGAUAGUAUAAUAAAGAAAUGAUUCGACAAGGUCAAAGACUACAGCUAGCGGUUCUAUUGAGACUGAUGUAUGUGAUGACAUUGGUAUUGUUAAAGCCUAAGAUUUAUGUGGAGUUUGGAAGUUAGAUAAGUACGCUUAAGUAUUCGCUUCACUAGGACUCUCUCAAAUUGAAGAAAGGACCAGGUUUGGUGCUAUCAUUUGUUAGAGCCGUUAAUUUUCAAGUGAGGUCUAAAAUUACAGCAUAUCGUAGUUCGUAUUGCAAAAUUAAUGAAUUUAAAAAAUUGUCGUACCAGUGAGAAGACGCUUUAAAUUUACAAUAAAUUGCCAACCGCACAAUUGUUAAUGUAGAUUUUAAGGUAAGCAUUUGCUGUAAAUAUAAUACGUGAAGUAUAAUCGUGCACUUAUUCGAUGCAGCCAGGUUUUGGUUUGGGAUUGAGACCUUUCAUACAUGGAGUUGGUGCGAAGAGACAAAUAAUAACUUUGUAUAUGUACCUACUUCUCAAGGACUGCACAGCUCUGAGCAAUGCAUGUUAUUGUGUGCACAGUACUUCAAAAUCAAGAAUUUCUUGCCAAUCACUUUCUACUGAUAUUAUUAAGUGUAUUACACUUUCUCAGUUUGCAAUACGCAGCCGUCCACUUGGAUCAUAAGAUGACUAUUAAAAUUGAAUUGUUCUUUACUUUUCAAAUCCUUAUUUUGAAACAUAGUUGUCUUAACUACGCUCGUUGGCUUCAGUUUUGUUAUUUGCAUUUUAAGUCGCAAUAGGAUCCUGAUCUUAAAAUACAAACAUGUUUUGCUAUACGGCUAACCAAGAAAAUAGUUCAGUGUAGAUAAUUUGGAUAGAAAAAACUUUUUGUAUUAAGUAGUCGAAUUCGUUCACCAUAUGCAUUUCAAUUUACUCCUAUAGUCCUUGAAUAUUAGAUUACAUUUUUCUUAAAUUACUAAAAGUUUGCCUGCAUUUUCGCAGCCCUAUGAUUACCUCUCCGAUCAAAAGUAAGCAAGCAAAAUUUAGCUUCUAGUAGCGCGGGACCACUCAACCUUAUUUACUAAAGGAUAGAAUUGAAAGUAGCGUAAUGUAUGAAAAGCCUCAGAAAUUAUCAAUUUAAGUAAAAAAUAAGUUUUAAUAGGUGUACCAGGAUACCAUUCGUAUCCACGGUCAUGUAAUUUUGUUAUCUAAGUAACGUACUAUUAGUUAAUUUAAUGAUUUAGUCGUAGUUAACGAAAAUGGAUUCGAUACACAGUCAAUUUUGGGAUGUACAGUUAAAAUUAAUUCAGCGUUUGUUUUUUUUUUAAACUCAUUAUAUACCUACACAAAGGUGUUUAAUUAGAGUUGUUAUUUUCACAGCUUAUGUUUAUUGAUGUAUGUUUUAUUAGAAUACAUUUUGUUUUGCUUGAAUAUUGUCUAGUAAUGUAAUGAUGUAUAUUUUUGUGUAAAAAGGUUUUUGUAUGAUCUGUCUAUAAUAAAGCCUGGAAGAGCUGCAUGUCGCCAACGGCAGAGGCAACUGCUGCAGUUGACACGUAUCGGCGGCAACCGCUGACGCGUCAACGGCUGCAGUCGGCCUGGUAAAACGGGGUGAAUUGAAUUUGAGGGUCAUCCCUCGUACAGUAGAUAUCAUAGAUACAGAAGAGGGGUGAAUAAAUGUUGGGAAAAUAUUCUAACACUUAUCCACCCCAUUCCUGUAUCUACCCCAUCACCCCUCGAAUUCUAUUCACCCCGUUUUACGGUAGCAAUAUUUGCAGUUGUAGCGUUCUUCGAAGUUAAAAUGUCGAUGGCUGUAGUUACCUCUACCGUUGGCAACAAGCCGCUUGUGAGCUCUAAAAUACAAUCGAUUUAGACCAUAUCAACUUAAUAUUGAAACCUAAAGCUGUUAGAAACUCAUUAUUCACUAUUACUUAACUUUGAAUACCUGACGGCUAUCCAGAAUAUUUUAUUUGUUUGCUUUAAUAUGUAUUGGUAUCUGCUGAUUGAUGAAUUAAUAGAAUUUCUUGAUUGUUGUGGAUUGGAUCCUCUUCCGUUACCUAUGUCUAAUUAAUUUUUCAAUUAGUAUAGUUUUGAUUUUGUACUUUUAAUGCAAUUAACAAUAGUACAAAAUAA